GAAACAAGCGCACUAGUGGAGCUCAUCUGGACCCCUGUACGUGAGGUUGUGUGGUGUUGUGCUCGUUACAAAGUGUUUACUGGCGACUCAUGGAGGUGACGGCAGCUCGUCGGUCGUUUCUUUGCGAUAUUGGUCUAUUUGUGUAUAUGAGGUUUCUGGGCAGACCGGACUGCCCUGCAUGAAGCGGCAUCCCAUGGAAGGGCCCUACAAUUAAAGCAGCUCAUAGAAGACGGAGCUUCUGUUAACAUGGUAACCGUGGAUAACAUCACUCCACUACAUGAAGCCUGCAUACAAGCCCAUCCAAACUGUGCCAAGCUGCUGCUGGAGGCUGGAGCCCAGGUAGAUGUAAGGACCAUCCAUGGCAGCACGCCUCUUUGUAAUGCUUGCGCCUCUGGUAGCCUUGAGUGUGCAAAGCUGCUGUUACAGUUUGGAGCCAAAGUGAACCCAUCUCUCACAGCUCUCACUGCCUCGCCUCUCCACGAGGCCUGCAUACAAGGUAAUGCUGAAGUUGUAAGGUUGAUGAUAGCCAACGGAGCCAAGCUGGAGGCGUUUGAUGUCCACUUUGGUCCUCCUCUUCAUAUCGCCUGCGCUAAAGGACAUGUGGAUUGUGUGAAGGAGCUGCUUAGGGCAGGUGCCAAUGUGAAUUCAAUUAAAUUCCACGAGACAGCUUUGCAUCACGCAGCUCGAGCUCACAUGGUGGAUAUGAUUGAGCUGCUGGUUGAAUUUGGAGCCAACGUUUAUGCUAGUGACAACCUUGGCAGAAAGCCUGUAGACUACACAACACAUUCAUCUCCUUCUUACUCCUGCCUCCAGUUUUAUGAAAGUAAUCCUCUGAGCCUGCAGCAGCUUUGCAGGAUUGCCGCGAGGAUGAUGCUGGGUACCCAGGCAUCAGAGGUCAUAGGUCAGCUGAAUUUAUCCCACCGCAUCCGCAGCUACCUCCAGUACUGUGAUCAUCCUACAUCACUACAGAGCGACUUGUAAAUGGUGUCUGAUUUUAAACAAAAAGUCUUACAAAUAUAAAAAUAUUUUCUGACUCA